AACUCCCUAAAACCCAUAAACUGAAGCAAAAACUUUGCCUUAUCUCAAUUAGCUCACUCUUCCUUCUCUUUCCUUCUCUAUCUCUGUAGAGAAGGGAGACAUAGAGGCAUGGGUAGUUGCAGUUCUAGUUAUUGGGUUUUCAAGGUAUUAUUAGUGGGAUUUUGUUGGCUUCUCUUGGUUGGAUUGAUGAUGCAAAGUAAUAGUGGAAGAGGAAGCACAAGCGGCAGCAGUAGUAGCAGAAGAGCACUAUUAAUGGGUCGAACAAGUCCGAGGCAACAUAAGGAGGUGGUGAUGGGGAAUAAAGAGAAGCAGAAGAAGGAGCUUGUUUAUAAUCCAGAGUUGAAUCUCAAUUAUAUGAUGAGCAAAAGAAGAGUUCCCAAUGGACCUGACCCCAUUCAUAACAGAAACCGACCGCCGGGACGAGCAUAGCAAUAUA